AUGGCGUCCGAUGUGGCGGCCCUCGAGGCAGAGGUGAAAGAAUUCAAAUUACAGCUCGAAACCGUUCAAUCGGGCUUGCAGGUAGAUCCCGAUAAUGCGGAGCUUCAGAGCCUAAAGACUGAAUUAGAAGAAUUCAUCCACUUGACAGAAGCAUCCAUCGCCGAACUCAAGCCUGCCACACCUAUACCGUCACAACAACCCAUCAAAGAGAAAUGGUCUAGAGAAAACCAUCCAGCUUUUCAAUCUGGACAUCGCAAAGCCGCCGAUUCUGCCCCUCCCGACGAACCUGCGGCGCCUGCUUCGUUUUCUGUGAACGACAGCGUCCUUGCGCGGUGGAAAUCAGGGGACGGAUCAUAUUAUCCAGCGCGGAUAACUUCUAUUACUGGAUCAUCCAGUAAUCCCGUGUAUAUCGUCUCGUUCAAGUCGUAUGGCACGACAGAGACUUUGUCGGCGAGAGAUAUCAAGCCUAUUUCAAGUGGAGCUGAUUCGCGGAAACGCAAAGCUGAUGGAACCCCAGGCACACCUUCAUCGCAGCAAUCCACGCCGCAACAUACCGGUAUUAUCUCGGCUGCAGCUGAUAUCAAUCCCACUCUUGCCGAUCAAGCCCGCAGCGAGCCUAGCAAAGUUAGCGAUGGACCGGCACGACCGAACAAGGUACCGCGAAAGGUGAAGGCUAACAAGGAGCUGGAGGCUGGGAAGUCGAAAUGGCAAGAUUUUACGAGCAAAUCAAAGUUCGGAAAGGUGGCAAAGAAGGAGAGCAUGUUCCGCACACCGGAGGGUGUCAAUGCUAGGGUUGGAUUUGUUGGCUCCGGUCAAGCGAUGCGAAAGGACCCCACACGCAGUCGUCACAUUUACCAGCAAGCCGAUGAAGAAGGAUACUGA